AUGGCGAUGAAUAGCCCCAAAUUCAUCUCGUUUUACUCGAAAUCUACCACUUCGUCACCACUGGCAGCGUACUUCCAAUCAGUAGAUGAGAUGAUUGGAAGGGAUGACUACACCGAACCACAGAGCCGUUUCGCAAAUGACCUUUUAAGCGCCAUAUCUCGACUUCCUCCUGCGUCUGUCGACUGA